AUGUCCCCAACAAUCUCCUCCCUGCUCUUCCACACCGCCUGGCGCCACCUCUCCUUCCAAGCCACACCCUGGAUGAUCCCGCGCUCCUCCCUCGACGAGAACGGUCUCAUCCCGCGGGCCUUGUUCCCGGAGGUGUACGAUCAGGUCAAAGGCAUCGUCGACGACCUCGGAGAAGAAGCCCAGUACGCGGCCUGGUUCUGGGUCGAAGGGCCGCAGGGAGAAGACGGUCUGCAUCCGGCGUUUAGUCUGCCUGCGAAUCGGUGAGUGGGCUGGGGGAGCUCCGCGAUGCGGGUUUGGGGAGAGGGUGCUGAUUGGAGGAGGGAGGUGUUUAGGUUUCCGACGGCGGGGGAGAGGAGGAAGGAGAAGAAGG